AUGGUUCUCUCAUUUAUUCUGGUGCAGAAUCGCCAGGGGAAGACGCGGCUCGCGAAAUGGUAUGCGCCGUAUAGCGAUGAAGAAAAGGUCAAGCUAAAGGGCGAGGUCCAUCGCCUGGUCGCCCCACGAGACCAGAAAUACCAGUCCAAUUUCGUCGAGUUCAAGCGGAGUACCAAGGUCGUCUACCGGAGAUAUGCGGGGUUAUUCUUCUGCGCCUGCGUCGAUGCAACCGACAACGAACUGGCCUACCUCGAGGCGAUCCAUUUCUUUGUCGAGGUGUUGGAUCAGUUCUUUGGAAACGUCUGUGAGCUGGACUUGGUGUUCAACUUCUACAAGGUAUACGCUAUUCUGGACGAGGUGUUCCUUGCAGGAGAGAUUGAAGAAACAAGCAAGCAAGUCGUGUUGACAAGGUUGGAACACUUGGAUAAGCUGGAAUGA